UGAUGAUGAUAUGUGAAAAACUUUGGAACACAAUGAUUGUAUCACCCAUGGUAUCACCUGUGACGCGUGAUCUUUGAGUUGUGGUCAUGUGGCUGCAGAUAAUGCAUGAAGUUUGACAGACGGGGGACAAAUAGAUUGAGGAUAUCGCCCCCAACAUGCUGAACUUGGAGCGAAUUCCAGAUCAAGUUGGAUACCUAGUGCUAACAGAAGAUGGAGCUGUUGUUGCUUCUGGAGGUGAACUGGAGAAUGAUGAACAUGUUGCUAAUGUGGUUACUGGUCUCAUAACUAUUGCCGACAAGGUGGAUCCAGUAGCAUUUCAAAAUGAAGAAGCUUUCAAGAGAGUCUCAGUUAUUUAUGAUGAUCACUGCUAUGUCAUAUGCCUGUCAAACAAGAAGAUUCAUGUUGUAAAGAGGAAGUUUGUUCCAAACCAAGUGGAUCCAGUAACUGUUUGAGAUUGUCAGCAGAUCGUUAAUUUAUGUAUAUUUUAUGCUGCUGUUGGUAUUUUUGUAUGGGCUGUUUUUCUUAUGUUCUGCCAUUUAUUUAAAUUUUGUUAAUUUAAUGCUUAGUGUUGUAAAUACUUUUCAGUAAUAUUGGGAUGACUGACCAGAAUAAACAUUAUCCUAGUCAUGCGUAAUAACUGUGUGCCUGGAAGUACGUGACAGGGGUCGAUGACUUUUGUCAAAAUUUAUACCCUAUGAUUGAAGAGACUGAUUAUGUAGAUGACCUCAUCUUUCAGUUAUACUAGAUGUUCAGUUUUAAAUGUAGGUCAUAUUAAUGUAUUCAGUGAUCUCUACCGAGCUUUCCAUUACAGUCAAAAUAGUGCCUGUUUAUAUGAAAUGCCUUUUUUUACAUAUCAGAGUUUGGAAUAACUGUUGAGAUUGAACUGUUUGUCUGCUGUUGCUUGCAUGCAGUUUUUAAACAAGUGUAUUGUAAUAGAUGCAGAAUAGCACAAUUAAUUUGUAUUAACAUAUUUUUGUACGUUCUGGUGUCAUUGCUACAUUAGUGUCCUCACUGCACAGUUUGUUCCUCAUUGUGUUCACUACCUUGUGUGUUUGCUUUAUUUAAUGUUACUCUUCCUUGCUCACAGCAGAUAAUUUAUUGAACCAGUCAAUACAUGUGAAAAAGAGAGACUUAAUUUUGUAAAUUGUUUUUAGAAAAUAAACAAAAUGCUUAUAA